AAGAAGGGAGGAGGGAGUCCAAGCUCUGAGAAACAUCACUCCAUCUCUCUCACUCCACAGGAGCUGAGCAAGGAGCAGGACCAUGUUUGACAACACGCAGUACCCCUAUAACUGCUUUAAUUAUGAUGGGGACGAUUAUCCUACCUGUAGUUCUGACGAAGAGAAAAAAUUCACCAGACCGGCGUACAGCUACAUUGCCUUAAUUGCAAUGGCCAUCCAGCAAAGUCCUUCAAAUAAAGUCACCCUCUCUGGCAUUUAUGACUUUAUAAUGAAGAAAUUUCCUUACUACAGAUCAAAUCAAAGAGCCUGGCAGAACUCCAUCCGACAUAACUUAUCCCUUAACAGUUGUUUUGUAAAGGUUCCCAGAACAGAAGGGAAUGAGAAGGGGAAAGGAAACUAUUGGAGCUUUGCAACAGGAUGCGAAUCCAUGCUGGAUCUCUUUGAAAAUGGGAAUUACAGGCGAAGACGGAGGAGGAGGAACAUGAAAAGGGAACACAAGGAGCAGAGACCAAACAGAGUGAAAAGUCCUUCAUCCCCCAGUAUCUCUUCUAUGGACUCUGCUUUGAACAACAUUUCCUCUUCUGAAAGUAAACAUGAAAGAAUUGAAUCGGGCCCAAAACUUCUGGAGCCUUGUGGGUUUGCUCCAAACAGCACGACCAACAGGCAGAGCCUAAACAAUUCCUCCUUAGCAAAAUCGGAUUCUGAAAUUAAGUUUAGCAUCGAUUACAUCCUUUCAGCCCCUGACCCUUUGCCUGUCCUGAGAUCUCAAUAUAACGUGCAAGAAAAUAAAUAUCAUCUACUGGAGGCUCAGCAUAUUAAUCUCCAGUUCUGGACAAUGUGAUGUUAUUUAUUUGUGGUAACAAAGUCUGAGUUGCAGUUUGUUCAGCAGCCUCGUGUCACUGAAAAUGAGCCGCCUGCCUCCUCGGUUUCCUCCCAAGCAGUACUCACAAAGGGUUACUGACUCACCAGCUGAUGCUCUGUCUAUACCCAAAGAACUUUGCUAAGAUUAAAGCAUAAAUAACAGUUACCAAUAUCGGUUUUCACUACAUUGAAAUUUAUGAAAUUCCAGCUUUAUUUUCUAAACUGUCUUGGACAUCAUUUAACACGACAAAGAAUUUCCUUUCUUGAGCAGAAUCCGACAGAGAACAGACUUGCUUAUCACCCGUUGCUUUAUUAAAGACAAAGUGAAUUUGAUCCCACUCUCAGUGGUGGAAAUUAGGAUUAACUCCACUGAAGUAUAUAGGUCAGAACUUAAGCUGAUCUAAAAUCGUGUAAUUCUGUCGACUUACACUGACUGGGAAUGGGGAGGGGCAGUAAUUUGUUUUCUUAAAAGGAAUCACUGAAAAUCACUCUGUCUUCCCUUAUUUUUUUUUUUGACAUCAUGUUUCAAACUGUUUUGCAGCUUUAAUUCAAAAUUCAUUAGAAAAUGUAGUUAUUAAUAAGUGUUUAAAAUAUACUUUUGUUUCUGUUCAGGGCAGAAUUGUUUAAAUUGUUGGAGUUGUAUUCAAAAUUCCAAGAGAGCUAAUUGCAAGUCUGCUGAACUCUGGUAGACUUUGACAGGUAACGUGACAGAGGCAUAGAGCCUCUUAAUGCCUUGGUUAAAAAAAAAAAGCCCCACUAUCCCCUUGUACUACCAGAAAUCUUCUUGAGCUGCUGCAGAAAAGUCCUUGACCAUAUUUCAUUUAGCAAGUGUGAAGGGAGACCCAGCUUUGCAUGAAGCUGUAUCCAGUGUUGAGCAAAGCUAAAAUUCCACCUACCUGCUUUGAGACAAGUUGAAUAUUCCUAUUAAAUAGAUUUUUAUUGAUCCUUCUUGCAAGCAAUUACCAAAGUGGUGCUUGAUAUGAUUUCAGCAAAGCUGGUGAGAUUUAUAAUUUCCAGAUAUCAAUGUUAGCUCAUGAGCUCCAUUUCUAAGAAAGCUGUUUCAUUACCCUUUACAUGCAGUGGGAGAUAUUGGAACAGAACCUGAUGGACAAUGAUGAACUGUAAUGAGCAUUUAGGAACUUGCUUUUAUACAACUUGUUCCCAAUGAACUGUUUCCCAGAACCUAAUGAUAGCUUUAGUAAAGGCUCCACAAAAUCUUGGCUUUAACUUGGCUACUAUAGUCUUUACCUACUGCAGAUAAAA